UUCCAGGGAAGCCCAAGGCUGUGCGCGGUGACAUCAUGCGGCGCUUGGGUUAGUGCAGUGUCCCGCCCGGGCUCCAGUGCUGGAAGUGCUCCCUGAUCGGACCCCGGCAUCUGACUGCAGCUCUAUAUGGUGGAUCUCAUCGUGCCCUGCUCGCUCUUGGCUGCUAUGGGAGAGCAUCCCAAAAAGAAGGCAGGUGUGGCCGUGUGUGUGGGCUGUGGGAGCCACAUCCUCGAUCAGUACAUCCUCAGAGUGGCCCCCGACCUGGAGUGGCACGCGGCCUGUCUCAAGUGCGCAGAGUGCAGUCAGUACCUGGAUGAGAACUGCACGUGCUUCGUGCGAGACGGCAAGACUUACUGCAAGAGGGACUAUAUCAGGUUAUUCAGUACCCGGUGCCCCCGAUGUCAGGGGACUGUGCCUCGCUCGGAGCUGGUGAUGAGAGUGGGGGAGAGGGUGUAUCACACAGAUUGUUUCAGAUGCUCAGUCUGCAGCCGCCGCCUCCUGCCGGGGGAAGAGAUCAGCCUGAGGGACCAAGAUCUCUUGUGUGGGGCAGAGCACAACCUCCCAGACUCUGGCAGGCCCUCAUCCCUCAGGUCUCACAUCCACAAACAAUCAGAAAAGACUACCAGGGUUCGGACAGUACUGAAUGAAAAGCAACUACAUACACUGCGCACGUGCUAUGCGGCCAAUCCUCGUCCAGACGCCCUGAUGAAGGAACAGCUGGUUGAAAUGACCGGACUCAGUCCGCGGGUUAUAAGAGUUUGGUUUCAGAACAAGCGAUGUAAAGACAAGAAGAGAUCCAUUCUCAUGAAACAGAUCCAGCAGCAGCAACUGAAUGACAAAACAAGCCUGCAGGGUUUGACGGGAACACCAAUGGUAGCAGGGAGUCCAAUCCGGCAUGACAGCGCUCUACAGGGAAGUGCCGUUGAGGUACAGACAUAUCAGCCACCCUGGAAAGCACUCAGUGAUUUUGCAUUACAAAGUGACCUGGAUCAGCCUUCGUUCCAACAACUGGUGUCUUUUUCGGAGUCUGGCUCCCUGGGGAACUCCUCUGGCAGUGACAUAGCCUCUCUGUCCUCUCAGCUUCCAGACACCCCAAACAGCAUGGUGCCUAGCCCGGUGGAGACGUGAGGUCCGACGCUUGGAAAUGAGCCGCAUGGACCCUGCAUGAAACCCAACUGCGCCCUACAGAGAACCCAGCCCUGGCACCCAGCUCAGCAAACUCCUGCGCCCGCCAAAACUUCCACUGGGACUCGGAGCCAAACGGGGAUUUAUGGUUCUUUUUGGAACUACUUGCCUCGUUUAUUCUCAUGGGACUUUGGGACUUGGGUUGGACGCUACCAAAGACACCGGACUGGGGGUUUCUUCCAACUGCUUGAGGAUCUGCCUUCUUUGCCGGUAUGGCGGCGGGAUACAGAGAUAUUUCUAUACAUAUAUAUCUAUCAAAUGCGCAGUCAUUUGGUGGAAAUUCUAAUUUAUCUUGUGGAUCGAGGACUUUAUUACCAAACAAAAGUAAGUUAUUCAUAUUUAUUGUCAAAUCUGCAGUUACAUUGGAUUAAAUAAAAAAAAUGAGACAAAAAGGUUUGUUAUUUUAGCGUUGGAAAGUCCAUGACCUGUUUUAUCCUGUCUUUUUAUAUUAUCCCAAUGUAUACUGACGUACAGACGCUGAUCUAUAGAUACGUUAGACACACAUUACAUCGCAUGAGGUGAAUUUGGCACAUUUCCACCAUGACUUUUUGUAGAAAUAGAACAGUACAUUUAACUUUUAAUUCAUUUUUUUUCUUGCGUGUUGAUUUACUAUUUUUCCUGUCAGUGACAAAACUCAGAAAGGUCCUUGCAUUUCUGUUGUUUUAAUCAUUUCUUAAAUUCAUAGUGGUAAAAGUAAGUUGUGGUUCGUGUGAAGUGGAACCUUUAAUACAGAGUACAAUUAGGACAUAUUUCCCUAUGUAUUCACACAUAACAUAUACCCCCUGGGGGAGGGAGGGAAUAAAUCUUACUGAAAACAUUUUUCAAACUAAUUAUAGAACCUCUGCUUCUGUGCAUUUUAUGUUUGCCUGAGCUGCAAAAACAUUCAUAUAAAUAUGAAUGAAAAAGGACUAGAUACAUAAUAAUAACUCCAGAUAGGGGCUGCUGUCUGCAGAUGUCUGCUUGAGUUGGGCAUUAAAAAAGUCUAUAGGUUUAUUGAUGAAAAAAACAAACAAAUAUAUAUAAUAAAUAAAUAUAUAUGUAUUCACACAUUUGAAAUUGUAUAUGAAUUAAGGCCUCCAACAGGUUCCUCUGUAUUAAUGCCUCUGCCGCUACCCCCCCUUUGACCUGAGCUUGUAAAUUUGGUUGACAUUAAUAUGAAUAUAUAUAUCUAGAAAAAGGAAAAUUAGCUGCACUCACUUACUGGAAAAAGCCUGGGUGCA